ACGGUGAGGGGGAUCUAUGCUGUCCGAUAUGAUGUGCCCAAGAAGCGGGGCAUGGAUGCCAUUUGUUGCUGUUCACAACUCGCAUUGACAGUGUCGAUCAAUACAUCGGGCCGGAACUGCUGAGACGACUCCUAUCACUGGCUGCUCUGACCCCAGCCCCGAUAAUGCUUUAAGCCCGAUCAGCCGUUGAACCGCUUGCGUCAUUGCACGGAGGUGGGAUGGAGUGGAAAGGAAUGUCGAACGUUGGAUGUUCGGGCCAACAUAUAUUUAUCGACUCGCCGCACGGUGGCGUAUUCGAUCAAGCCAUCAUUGAGAUACGGAAAUUGCGUGGCUUACGGUACAUCGUUACUACUCGCCAUGAUGGAUAGAAACAUCAGCCUCCUCAGCCUUGAUGGCGGGGGCGUCCGUGGUCUGUCUUCUCUUUACAUCUUGAAGCAUAUCAUGGAAUUCAUUGAUCCGGAUAAUACUCCCAAGCCAUGCGAUCACUUUGAUCUGAUUGGGGGAUCAGGCUCAGGCGGCUUGAUUGCAAUUAUGCUGGGUCGUCUCGAGAUGGACAUUGAUCAAUGCAUCAACGCGUACAAGAGGAUCUCAAACCAUGUAUUUGCGCGAAAGAGAAUUCUGCCAGUGGGAGGCAACUUACGGCGCCAGUCAAGAUACGACGGGCGGAGGAUAGAAACUGGCAUGAAGGCGAUUCUUCACGAACUCGGAUAUGAAGAUGACGUACUCCUGAGAGAGCCAGAUAACCCCUGCAAGGUUUAUGUCUGCGUGACCGACGCUGGAUCCAAGCGAAACCUGGCCCCUCUGACCAGCUACCCAAGCAAAUACUGCUCCAACGAGCUCUACAAAACGGCCAGAGUAUGGCAGGCUGGGAGAGCGUGUUUCUCCACCGAUCCUCUUUUCGACUCCGUUGCAAUUGGACCAAGCGGACGGCGAUUCUACAACAGCAGCACGGAGGUCAACAACCCCGUGAGAGAAGUGUGGAUUGAGGCCAGGGGCAUAUGGCCCUCCGGCUCACUUGACAGUCAGAUCAAAUGCAUGGUGUCGAUUGGCACGGGCGUUCCUUCGAUCAAAAGGUCCGGAAAAGGCAUGUUCGGCCUAUUCAAGACGUCACGCACCGAGACAAUUGAUACGGAGAUGGACAUGAACAAGUUUAUCCGUGAGCAUACUGAGCUGGAUGACGAGAAGCGUCUGUUUCGCUUCGAUGUACCCAACGGGCUAGCGGACAUUGGCCUCGACGGCGUGGAUGAGAUCGAUACGAUCGUGGAUGCUACUGAGGAAUAUCUCGCGAAGGAGCUUAUCUACAAACAGAUACAAAGGUGUGGUAAAGCACUCGGCGGAGAUUCAUAGAUGUUCGAGGUUAAUCAAUUUGGGUGGUAUGGUGAGCGUACAGGGUGGCAAGUGUCAUUUCACAUCGUAUAUAAUACUUUUGUUCUUUUUCUGGCUGCGGAUUUGUUUUUCCCACUAUACAAACUAAUAUUAUCAGACGAAAUGUCUAAUGCGUCCAACAUGAGGCAUUCCCCUGUUGCGCAGCGCCAAAGCGCCCCAGCACAAAUUUCAAGAUACUAACCCACCCCUGCGAAUUUCAGCCCCGAAGGAAAGGAAUUGUUGAGAGCCUUGAAGCCUGAGAUAAACUUUCGGAAACUGUCCAGGGAAGGACAUCACCAAACCCAGACAUCAAACGAUGACGAUGGUCCUGUUCUCG